AGAAAAUUUAUUCAAAUUUAUCGAAAAAUAAACUAUUAUUGUAUGACCGAGGACAAACAGCUUUUCCUAUUUGGACAUACGCUUCCGGGGAACGAGAAUCUUUUGCUUGAAAGGAUUAAAGAAUGCGCAGAGAAACGAAAUAAAGGCUAUUGCUCUACUUCGCCUGGAUGUACUGUUCUUCGAAAAAUUCCAGCUGAAGAUGUUUUGCAAGUUACUGCUGGGCAUAAUUAUGUUGCCUUUCUGCUCAAGGAUCAUCGAGUCGCUCGUCUUCGUUAUGAGAUUGUUGCUAACACUAUUGAAUCUGCCGCCCCAGCAGACAAAAGUAUUUUUUUUAUUAAUCUUUAA